AUGGGCGCGGUGGAGAAGGCCAGAUCCCUCGUCGCCGACCACCCGCAGCGCCACAUGCAGAAGGGCGGCGACGCCCUCGCGCGCAUAGAGACGCGGCGGCGGCGGCAGCAGGAGGUGGGGCGAGGCGGGGGCGCGCCGGGGCGGCCGAGCAGCCCGGCGUCGCCCGUCGAGCCGCCCACGACGCCGCUGCGGCCGCCCGAGGCGAGAUCCAGGAGCAAAGACGACGCCGCUCCGCGCUCUCCUCCUCCUCCACGCUGCGAUAUUAGGCAAGCGGAUGACGAGGACGCUCAUGAAUCCAGGGCCCAGUUUUUAGCCCCAGGGACUUCAAUCUUACAUGACUUUUCAGAUACAGACUCUAGUGUUAGUGUUAGCAACUCAAUGUACAGAUCGGUGACCCCAAGCCCCACCGAGAGUCCUACUUGUGCGCUGAGGCAGAAUGAUGCUUCCGAUCAUGGUGCUAUAGCAACGGCUGACUCGGAUGAUGCUCGGGAUCUAGUCGAUGCUAGCAUCGCCGAGAACAGCCAAGAGAGCCAUGGACCAUCUUGUAUCUUUGAUUUUGGUGAUGAUAUUUGGUGCCCGCCACCACCUGAAGAUGAGAUUGAUGAUGUCGAAUCAAGGUUAUUUGGAUUUGAUGACGAGGAGGACGACGUUGGUGACAAGAGCAAUACUUUUGCACCUAGUUGCUUCAGUUGCAAUAAAGUGGCGGGUGUUGAUGGUGUCAUCGAGGGAUCCUAUCAGGAGAGUGUCCAGAAUGAUUUAUUCAGGCAUUUUCAAGCUCUAGUUUCACAGUUACUGGAGGGGGAAGGUGUUUCGUUGGCUAGUGACAAGGAUUCAGAUAGUUGGCUUGAGAUUGUGGCCUCGUUGGCAUGGCAAGCUGCUUACUUUGUGAAACCUGACACCAAGACAGGCGGCAGCAUGGAUCCUAGUGAUUAUGUGAAGAUCAAGUGCAUAGCAUCAGGGAAUCCAACAGAUAGCAAUUUUGUAAGAGGAAUUGUUUGCUCCAAGAAUGUAAAACACAAGCGCAUGGUCUCCGAGCACAGGAAUGCUAAGUUGCUCAUUUUAGGAGGUGCGCUUGAGUACCAGAAAGCUUCUGAUAAAUUAGAAUCAAUUGGAACUAUACUUGAACAGGAAAAGGAAUUUUUACGAAGUAUUGUUGAAAAGGUUGAGUCUAGGAGACCUAAUGUGCUGAUAGUUGAGAAAAGCGUCUCAUCUUACGCCCAGGAGCUCUUAGCGAAAGAUGUCUCGUUAGUCCUGAAUGUGAAGAGGCCACUUUUGGAGAGAAUAUCAAGAUGCACAGGUGGUCAGAUUGCCUCCUCGAUUGACAAUAUCGCUUCAGCAAGGCUAGGGCAGUGUGACAUGUUCAAGGUGGAAAAGGUUCUGGAAUCACCACGGUCAGAACAUCCAGAGAAGAGACCAUCAACAAAGACACUGAUGUUCUUUGAAGGCUGUUUGAAGCGCCUGGGAUGCACGAUUCUGCUGAGGGGAACUUCUCUGGAAGAAUUGAAGAAGAUUAAACGUGCAAUGCAACUGGCAGUAUUUGCUGCUUAUCAUCUGUCCCUUGAGACAUCAUUCCUUGCUGAUGAAGGGGCAACCGUUCCACGAGUUCUUUCAAUGUCUGCUAUAGGUGCACGAGAAGCAUUAACCAGUACAGAUCACAUUUCUGCUAUAUCUGAUGAUCAUGAUACUGCUGAUAAUCUUAGAGCUGCAGUAGAAAACUAUUCACACAAUGCAACCAUCACCCAGAUAUUUGAUGGAAUUUCUAUAUCACCACCUUUAUCACAGUUGGAUGGGAAUAGCCUGGGAAGUGUACCUGAAUAUAUGGAACCGGAAUCUCCUGUUAAUCGUGUCAAUUCUUCAGUCGCAGGUGAUGUCUGCCAAAAAGCUGUCUUGGACAAGAUAUCCAUGGAGUUAUGUUAUUUGGAAAACACUGGGAACAAUCUAUCACUUGAUAACAUUCGAGCAGGAGACCUGGAUGAACAGAACAAGCUUUCAUGUAGCUACUUACCUGCUACUGACAAUCAUCAGAGCAUCUUAGUUUCCCUCUCAAACAUCUGCAUCCCCAAACACUUAGCAUGUGAGCGUUCUCGCCUCUUACGCAUCAAGUUUUAUGGCAGUUUUGAUAAGCCACUUGGGAGAUACCUUCGCGAGAACUUAUUUGACCAGGCAUAUUGCUGCCCAUCGUGUAAGGAGCCUUCAGAAUCACAUGCAAGAUGCUACAUGCACCAGAAUGGAAGCCUAACAAUAAGUGUUAGGCGUCUCUUGUCCCAAAAGUUGCCAGGUGAACAUGAUGGGAGGAUAUGGAUGUGGCACAGAUGUAUGAAAUGCAAGUUUAAAGAUGGAAUGCCACCUUCAACACAUAGAGUGACCAUGUCUGAUGCUGCCUGGGGUCUAUCAUUUGGGAAGUUUCUAGAGCUCAGCUUUUCGAAUCAUGCAACUGCCAACCGAAUUGCGAGCUGUGGGCAUUCUUUACAAAGGGACUGCCUUCGUUUCUAUGGGUAUGGAAAUAUGGUAGCAGCCUUCCAUUAUAGUCUCAUGGCUACUGUAUCUGUUAACCUCCCACCCUCAGUGCUGAAUUUUGAUUGCCACGGUAUGCAAGACUGGGUGAAAGGAGAGGCAGUCAUGGCAUUUGAUGAAAUGGAAUCCUUACACACGGAGAUAUAUGGUUUCCUUAAUAAUAUUGAAAAGAGUUCUGUCUCCUUGGAUGAACCAGGAAAAGCAGGUAUACAGAGUCAGAUUAUAGAGAUGAGGGAUUUGCUUAACAGGGAAAGAAACGAAUAUGAGGGUUUGCUUCUACCAGUUAUGGAGGGGAGUGGUCAUUCCACGAAAUCAACUUUUGAUACUCUGGAGCUCAACCGUGUGAGACGUGGUCUCCUCCUAGAUGCAUACAUUUGGGACUGCAGGUUGUGCAACAUAGAUUCGCUUAAAUCAAAUGUCAAUAUUUCCAGAACUGAAACUUCCAAUCCAGAAAAUCCCCAAGCUACCCAUGUAGAAGAUAAAUCUGAAUUGCUGCAGACUGUUUCACAGCAUGGAGAAACACAUGACGAACCUGCCACAGGUCCAUGGUGGUCCUCAGUAGGACGAAGAAAAUCUCUACUAUCUAGAGAGGGCCACUCGAUAGAUGAUGGGACUAUCUUGGUUGACACGGAUUUACCGAUUGGGCUGGAGGAUGGUUUGGUGAGUGGUGCAGGAGAUCUUGACGUGGUCUUUAGCAAAUUCGAUGUAUGUGAGAAUGGACAGUGUCUAUCCAUGGAUUCUAUCAAGGUACCGGUUGAGAGGUUACCCUCACUUGCAUCUAUUUUGUCUGACAAAAUAGAUAUGGCAUGGAGCGGAUCUAGUGAAUUACACUGCAGCAUCGCACAAGAUUUGACCACUGGUGGAAAUGGAUCUCAUAGUUUGGUGAACAAUCCAAGUUACAAGAAGGCAAUCUCACCAGCUCGAGUCCAUUCAUUUGAUUCUAUAUUCAGAUUGCAUGAGCAGGAACAAACUGGAUUAUUGCCUGCUUCAUUACAUCUGUCCUUGAAAAUGAAAUCAGUCCAAUCCUUUAGAGAUUUCACAAGCCUUGUAAAGGAUCCGAUGACAAACAUGCGUAGGGCUUUUUCUCAAUUAUCUCCCAGAUCAAGAGGAAACUUAAAUGUUAUUCUUACUCGUGCACCUACAUAUCUCAAGUCUGCUUCCCAUAUGGUGAGUGAUGGGGCAAGAUUGCUGCUGCCUCAUAUUGGCUCUGAAGGUGCCCUUGUUGUUGCUGUCUACGAUGAUGAGCCAACAAGUAUUGUAGCAUAUGCCAUGACAUCACAAGAAUAUGUUGAGCAAGUUAUGGAUAAACUGGAUACAAAAUGUAGCUUUCAACAUAUGUCAAAUUAUGCUGCAUUCAGCAAUAAUGGGCUUGAGAAAUCUUUGCCGUCACGAGAAGCCCCUUCAGAUUUCAAAGGAACCCACUUCAAGUUUUCGUUUGACGAUGAGGCAUUUUCUGCUGAUAAUACAAAGUUUUCAGUAACCUGUUAUUUUGCAAGGCACUUUGCCUUACUUAGAAAGAAAUGCUGUCCAAGUGAUAUUGAUUACAUACGUUCACUAAGUCGCGGUAAGAGAUGGAGUGCUGAUGGUGGAAAAAGCAAUGUUUACUUUGCAAAGACAAUGGACGAUAGAUUCAUAAUUAAACAAGUCACCAAGACAGAGCUAGACUCGUUUGUUGAGUUUGCUCCUCACUACUUCCGGCACUUGACACAAUCAUUGGCUUCUGGAAGCCCAACUUGCCUGGCCAAAAUAUUAGGACUUUAUCAGGUUAGCAUCAAGGGCACAAAAGGAGGGCGGGAGGUAAAAAUGGACCUAAUGGUUAUGGAGAACAUUUUCUUCCAGAGAACAAUAUCGAGGGUCUAUGAUCUGAAAGGUUCAGUGCGUUCACGGUAUAAUUCAGAUAAAUCUAGCCACAACAAAGUACUAUUGGAUUCUAAUCUCAUAGAGGAACAACAUACAAAACCCAUAUUUGUUGGGAGUAAGGCUAAGCAAAGGUUGGAGAGAGCUGUUUGGAAUGAUACAUCAGUUCUUGCGUCCUUGGAUGUCAUGGACUACUCGCUUCUGGUUGGCAUUGACGAGGAGAAAAAUGAGCUUGUGGUCGGCAUCAUCGACUUCCUGCGACAGUACACCUGGGACAAGCAGCUGGAGACCUGGGUGAAGGCAUCGGGCAUCCUUGGCGGUCCCAAGAACGAGAUGCCAACUGUUAUUUCGCCUGUCCAGUACAAGAAGAGGUUCAGAAAAGCGAUGUCGAGGUACUUCGUUGCCGUCCCCGACCAGUGGUCCUCUUAAAGAGUGUUCCUUAAUCAGUCACCGUGUCAGCAAAAACAGCAUCGUUCAUCCUCCCUGGCAAUUUUUUUCACCUAGACGGGGGGGAAUCGAAGCGGAUAGCCAUUCUUUGGUUUGAUUCUUUUUUUGUUUACUAGAUGGCAAUACUGUUGCAGCUUACUUAGCUUUAGGGGAUUCUUAUUGGUUGGUCCAUGUAAAUCGCGGUGAUCGACGCGGAGUAUUUAACGCGUAGAUGCACCUUCUUUUGAUGUAACCCCGGCUUCUAUACCAACAGUUGUAAGAGAAAAUUGACAUAUUUAACAUGUAAAAGCUCAUUUUAGCAGUUAGGAUUUUUUUUAA